CCAUGUUGGAUCGCGCGGCCGCCGGAGCCGGGCCGGAGUCGGAAGUUUAGCGCCUGUCGGAGGGGCGGGAGCGGCCCCGACGCCGCCGCCUCCCUCUCUCCUUGUGCCGCCGGCAGCUGCCUCGGGCCCCUCCGCCUCCCUCCGGUCCCGAGCGCCCCGCGAUGCGGCUGCUGUGAGCGGGACGAGGGGAUCGCGGUCGCCAGCGGUCGCAGGGCGGCGCCGGGCCGGCCCCGGCCAUGAGCGGGAACCCGCAGCAGCAGCCCCCGCAGCCGCGGCGGGUCACCAACGUGGGCUCCCUACUGCUCACCCCGCAGGAGAACGAGAGCCUCUUCGGCUUCCUCGGCAAGAAAUGCGUGACGAUGUCUUCAGCAGUUGUUCAGAUAUAUACAGCUGAUCGCAAUGCCAUGUGGUCAAAGAAAUGCUGUGGUGUAGCUUGCCUUGUAAAGGACAAUCCACAGAGGUCAUAUUUUAUCAGAAUAUUUGACAUUAAGGAUGGGAAAUUAUUGUGGGAGCAGGAGCUGUACAAUAACUUUGUAUAUAAUAGUCCUAGAGGAUAUUUUCAUACCUUUGCUGGAGAUACAUGUCAAGUUGGUCUUAAUUUUGCUAAUGAAGAAGAAGCUAAGGUAUUCCGCAAAACAGUAACAGAUUUACUUGGACGACGGCAGAGAAAAUCUGAAAAAAGAAGAGACCCACCAAAUGGCCCAAAUCUACCAAUGGCAACUGUUGACAUCAAAAACCCAGAAAUUACAACUAACAGGUUUUAUACUCCACAAGUCAACAAUAUUUCAUAUACCAAAGAAAAGAAGAAAGGAAAAACUAAAAAGAGAAGAUUGACAAAGGCAGAUAUUGGAACACCAUCUAAUUUCCAACACAUUGGACAUGUUGGUUGGGAUCCAAACACAGGUUUUGAUGUAAACAACUUAGACCCAGAACUGAAAAACCUGUUUGAUCUGUGUGGAAUUUCAGAGGCUCAGCUGAAAGACAAAGAAACUUCAAAGGUCAUAUAUGACUUCAUUGAGAAAACAGGGGGUGUGGAAGCUGUUAAAAAUGAACUGCGCAGACAAGGUCCCCCACGUUGGAAUGCUCCACCUCCUCCACCACCGUGCAGAGGAGGACCCCCUCCACCUCCACCACCACCUCCGCAUAGCUCAGGCCCCCCUCCUCCCCCUGCUAGGGGCCGAGGGGCACCACCUCCACCUCCUUCAAGAGCUCCCACGGCAGCACCUCCACCCCCACCUCCAUCUAGACCUGGUGCAGCAGUGCCCCCACCUCCUCCAAACAGGAUGUAUCCUCCUCCACCACCAGUGCAUUCAUCGUCUGCACCGUCUGGGCCUCCUCCACCACCACCACCACCAGCAAGUGGAUCAUCUGUUCCUCCACCACCUCCACCUCCUCCACCCCCUCCUGGUCCUCCUCCACCACCAGGCCUUCCUUCAGAGGUUGAUCACCAGCUUCCAGUUCCUGCAGGAAACAAAGCGGCACUCUUGGAUCAAAUCAGAGAAGGAGCUCAGUUAAAGAAAGUAGAACAAAACAGUCGACCAGUGUCCUGCUCAGGAAGAGACGCACUGUUAGACCAGAUACGACAGGGUAUACAGCUGAAAUCUGUAUCGGAUGGCCAAGAAAGUGCACCACCUACACCUGCACCCACCUCAGGAAUUGUGGGUGCAUUAAUGGAAGUUAUGCAGAAAAGGAGCAAAGCCAUUCAUUCUUCAGAUGAAGAUGAGGAUGAAGAUGAAGAAGAAGACUUUGAGGAUGAUGAUGAAUGGGAUGAUUGAUCAUAUAUUAUUAUAUAUAUAUUUUUUAAGGUGAAUGAUAUACUAAACACUGCUUUCUGUCUAUGGAUUCUGUAAAAUUAUCAUGUAAAUGUUCUACCAAUUUGCUGUAUAUUUUUGUUGCCUUUUGCUUUUUUAUUAAUCUGUGCAAUACCUCAUUUAAUCUGUAAAGGUUUGUCAUAAUCCUCUACAAAGCUACUCCCUGUUAAUGUGUGCAAGUUUACACCUGGAUGAUCAUGUACUUGUGAAUACUUUCCAUUCCAUCAAUAAGGGAGUUUAAAUGUAAUAUGUGAGACUGACAAAAACCUUAAUGUAAUUUAGUUAUAAUGCAAGAAGGAAAACACUAUUUUCAUACCCUACUUUUUCUGUAUCUAAAUUUUCUUAUUAAAACCUAGUAUAGCACUAUGUUCUUUAAGCAAUGCAGCUCUUAGUUUAUUUAGCCCCUUCAUUUUAAAUGCAAUGCUACAUGAAUGUUGAGGCUGGUUUAUACUAUUGCAUGGUUUCAAAUACACCACAACAUCGCAGUUCAAAUCUUAGCAGUAUGCUCUCUGUGAAACAAAAUCAGUACUGAAAUGCACAGCUAGUUGUGAAGAUUACCUUGCCCUAACUGUAACAAUACUGACUGCUAUUGAACAGCAGUAGUAAUUAAAUCCUUCAAUUAGGAGACUAUCUGAAGUUAAACAGAGUGGCUUUACCUUGUAAUAGUGGUAAUGGUAUCAUUGAUGCAGACAAGUUUGGUUUUUGGUUUUUUCCCUUCCUAGCUGUUAUUUUCAGAAUGCAGAAGUCUAAAUUACUGGGGCCUAUACUGGAGGCUGGCAAUUGCUACAGUUUGAUUUAUUUUUAAAAUCAAUUUUAUGUGGUUUUCAGGUGCAAGGGCUGCGUUGAAUGCUUGCUUCAAUAAUGUUUAAUUACUUUUAAAAUUUGUAGGACAUUGGUGUACUAAUAAAGUAAACAUAAGUGAUAUUACUUUGCAGUCUUUGCGUUAUGGUACACAGCAAUGCUGAAACACCAAUCCUACAUCCAUAAAGUUGGAAAGCCAUUAACUCAGAAUGUACACUUUGAAUAAGUACUGAACUUUAUGGCAAUAUUCUGUCUUCAUAUAUUUUCUUCAAGACCAAGGGUUGUGAUGAAGGUCAAGAACCCGAUUUAAAGGAACAGUAUUUGAAUAAGUGAAUGGAAAAUGGGAUUCUCAUUUCACAGCCUGCACAUAAGUCAUACUUGUAGUGCAGUAAACAUUGGCAUAUCUGCCUACUAAAAAAUAUUAAUCUAUGCUGUGUGGGUAUUUAAUAUCUGCAACAUUAAUUACUGUACUUACUGUAAUUUUCAGGUAGGAAGUUUUUUUAAAACCACAUUAUGUGACACAGAAUGUUAAGUCAGUAAGAUUGGAACAUAGUUAAUGCAUAGCAUCCUGAGUCUUUGACUGUAGUCAGGCUGUCAAACUAAAUUUAAGUUAUCGGAAUUGUAUUGACUGAAACCCAGCGUUGACCUGAUCUUGACAGGCUGGACCUGCAUGAUACAGCUUGGAUUUCUAACCCAGUUAUAACCUAGUCUUUACCUAAUUAAUUUAGUCAAUGAGAAGAAAAAACAUCUGAAAAGUAGUGGGAGAGGUCAGGUUGUAGUUAAAUUAUUCAGAGGGUGCUGACUUCCUUCCAAGAGUAAUUUAAGCACAUAACUUGAGGAAAAAAAAUUCCAAGUGGUCUCACUUCCUUGUGGUAAGUUUCGCAUUGCCCUCUGCUGCUAUAAACACUUCCUACUAGCUUUGCUGCUGUAAAGGCUUGAGCAUUGUAUCAAGUGCAAGUGCAGCUUGAGGUAGCUCAUGGCAGCUGAGUUAAGAACCCAUGUACAAGGAGAAUAUUUGUAUGGCUUUCAUAUAACUUCUGGCGCUGCUCCCUUAUUUUUAUGGCAUAUAGAGCAUUAUAAAAUUAGGCAGUUGAGGCCUAGAGGUUUUCCUAACAUGCUACUUACUAGAUAUGUUUAGGUCUUCUGUUCCCAGAAUUUGAAUUUCUGUAAUAUUUCAUAAUUGAGCAUCACAGUUCAUUAAUCAAACUUGUAUUCCAGGUUUGGGGAGCUCUGAUGUUACCUUAUUGAAUAAAACUUUGAUUUGUAGAUACUGGCCAAAGAAAGCUUUUGUUUUUCUAUUUCUUCAUGCAGGAAGUACACUCGCAUUCUGUGGUGUCCAGGUUAAUAUUUACAUUAAACUAGUGUUUGUACGUGAUAAAUUUCAGGCAUAAAGACUGCAAUAGCAGUUAAGUUAGUCAUAACUGCAUGCUUCAGCACUCAGCCACUUGCACUAUGAGCAGAAGAUAGCAUUUCAUGAUACUGGUGCGUUGUUGCUAAAUAUUGUAAUGAAGGCCUCUCUUACAUAUUCUGGUUAAAUGACUGUCCAAAUAGCCUUAGCAAUUAACAAACUAGCAUGAGGCUUUUGUAUCUCUACACUCUGUGCAUAGACAAUAUCAGCUAGCCACUUUUACGUAUGAAAUCCGUAAGAACUUCUCAAUCAUUCAGUUUUUCCAUUUAUCAAACUGAAAUUUUUAGUAUGUGAAUUUUUGAAAUGUACAGUGAAUAGGAUGUUGCACUGGUGGCAAUUCAUCAUGGAGCAUAAUAAAAUUAAUUUGACCCAACUAGCGUAAAAUUGUGUGGUUUUUAAGUGCUAAUUGUGGCACAGCUUUUAAAAUAGAUCUGCAUAUUGAUUACGUGCUUUAAAAGUAACUUUGGUUGUCUAGCCAAGUCCACAAAGCAGUAAAUAGCGGCUGUCAAAUGGCAGCAGUUUUCAUGUCUCUGGAAAGUUAGAUUGUGCUAGUGAAUAAACACAAUGAGUAAGAAUGUGACACCCUGUCCUCCUGGCAGAUCUCACAGCAACUGCUGCUGGCAAGUGCAGUAAUCCAGCAGCAGUUCAAGGUCAAACAAACAUGGGUUCAUUAAUAAACACGAGGACUAAAUAGUUAAUUCUUGUCACUGAAUGCUCUGACUCCUGAGGUUUUUACAGAUGUAAAUCUUUCCUGCAUGUUGUCACGUGUUGUCAUGCUUGACCUCAGGGCACUGAAGUCUGCUUUCCCCUGUGAAGCAACGGAAGCGUCCAGCAUUUCAAAGUUUAUUCUGGUGUACAUUUUCUUUUGAAGUUUAUUACUACUGUGAUUUUUAGGCCUGAAGUGCCAGGCAAAGUUGGAAUUGUUAGUGUGCUGUGCUAUACAAUUAUUUCCUCUCUACUCAGUGGAGAGAAACUUAAAACACACUUUUGAAAGGAGGCUCUCCUUUCAAUAUUUUUAUUUGACAAUGUUUAGUUUCCCAAGUAAGAUGGAUGUAAAAGGAGAGAUCCUUUUGUUUUUGUUUAAGACUGUUGCCAAUCCGUUGCAACAGCCUUUAUCUAAUCAUUAGAGGAAUUCCUGGUCUAAUUAAAGUUCCUGAAGCUUAAGUACAGUGAUAAGCAGCUUUAUUUAUAGCAAAGUGAAAAUGGUUUAGGGAGGCUUAGAAGAUACUAAACCUCUGUCUUUGUCUGUAACCCUGUUAUCCUUUAGCACUUCAAUAAGGCCUCUUGUUGCUCUGUAUUUGUUUACUGUCUGGAGUUUUCUUGUGAGUGAGAAACAGGAAAGGGUAAGGCAGUAUGAACUAGAACAUGAGCUGUGGAGUUUUAAUGUCCAUGUUUAAACUUGCUUGUUUACAGUCUGCCCCUUUGUGCUUGAAAAUAUAAACCUCAGUUGUUUGAAAUCACGGAUUUUAAAUAAAUGCAGAUACAUAUUGAGAAGUCAAAUCAUUGCAUCAGUAUCAAAAUAUAAAUAAUGAGUUGUUAUCUGACAUUUUCGUUCAUGCUGAAUUUUACAGCAUUUGCAGAAUAACCUCCUAAAAUGAGCUAGAAGAGUAAUUUAUCAGCUAUUCAAAUUUUUCUCUAACAAAGUUUUCAGUAGUACCUGUGAGAUUUACCCGUCUAUAUAAACAGCUUAAUACCCACCCGAAAUUGUGCAGCUUGAUAUUUUACAUUGUGAUUUUUAUCUAUUAGUACUCACUAACAUAAUUAAAGGCAUUUCUGCUAGGGCUCUAAAGAGUUUUGCGAGUCUUUGGAGUGAAAUUUUUGAGUCAUUACUGUUUUUUCCCUCCCUGAAGCCUAAUCAUCUUUUCUG